UAGCUGUUGCAAUGCGCAUCAGUUCCUGGAAGGUAUUUUGACACAGCGGUGCGCGUGUUGCGGCUCUAUGGUUUCCAUGGUAACGGCAACACACCUGAGGACCGUCGGACGUUAGCGGUUAGCAGCUAGGUGUAGCUUUAAUCAAAUACCUAACACCAACUUCCUUUUACUAAUAUUGCUGGAAAAAUUAACGGUCCUUGUUAAACUUGGGUACAUUUGAAUGCAUUGAUAAUGGUUUUUUAUUAAAGCUAUAACGCUAAACGCAACAGCUACCGGUUAGCUAGCUACUGGUACUUGGCAGGUCACAUAAAGUAACUACUCAGUGUUAGCUAGCCGAGUCAUUUCUUUAUUAAACCCUUAGGAUUUCAAGUAGUAACUUGUCUGUCACUACCCUACUGUCUACGGUCACAACACAAGGCUAAUUGACCACAAUGUCUGACAUGGAGGAAGAUGCAGUGUUAACGGAUGGAGAGGGAGAGGAGGAAACCCGACCUAAAGAAGCUGACGAGGACGAGAAGCCACAGGUUUGCCAUUUGACCCAAGAAACCAUACGUCAGGGGCUAUCAUUACUGUGCCGAACAGGAUAUGGAUUAGGACAUGCAUUUGUCAGACUGGAUCUAAAAGACAAAGGACUGAAUGAUAUAGCUGCAAUCAGCAGUUAUAUUCACAUACGUUUUCUGGAUGUAUCCAACAACCACCUGACUGAUCUUUCUCCUCUGGCAUCUCUGACCCAGCUACUUUGGCUGAAGGUUGACAAUAAUGCUGUGGCAUGCUUCAAAGGGCAGCCAUUUGCACAGCUGCCCUUCCUGCAGUGGCUGAGUAUGGCAGGGAACCGGCUAACAGACAUAGAUGGCUUCGCCACACCGACCUUAGAGUACCUCAAUCUUACAGGAAACAGUAUUCAGAGAAUGAUUGGUUUUCAAAGCGACUGUUUUGCAAAUCUGGUAAUUCUGGAGCUGAGGGGAAAUCAGCUGGAUACCACUGAUGGCAUCAACCUUCCAAACCUGCAGCAAUUAUAUCUGGCCCAAAAUGUUAUCAAACGCCUUGAGGGUUUGGAGAAGUUGGAGCGCCUCACCAUCCUUCACCUUCGAGACAACCAGCUAGAUUCUCUGAAUGGCCUCAGCGCCGGCAUGAAGUGUCUCCAACUCCUGAAUGUCAGAGGCAAUGUAAUCGAAGAUAUAAACGCCCUACAGUCCCUAAACCUUGUAUCAACAUCCCUGCGCGCUUUGGUCCUUUCUGAGAACCCAGUAGUGGAAACGUCAGACUACCGGUUAAGCGUACUGAUGAUCUUGCCACAGCUGGAACAACUUGACAAAGACCCUGUCUCCUCAGAUGAGAGGGCCGAAGCCCGGCAGAGGAUCAAGGAACUUACAGAAGAGGAAAUACCUGAGCCAUAAGAUUGCAAUGAUGACCAAAAUGGGGAAGUAUCGGACUGACUUGACUUUCUUGUAAAGACAGGCUUGGUGUGUGUAGGGUGGGUGGCUGUGAUUGUGCUUCUGUAUGAAACGUACUGUCUGGUUAGACUACCUUGUAUGAUUAAUCCUCCAUAGCUUUUGUACAGUAAGUUUGCUUAUGUCAUGCUCUGACACUCAUGAAUACAGCCAAGCUGUUUUGGAACAAUAAAAAUGUGAAAAUGUGUCAUGCA